AUGAGCACUGCAACUCAAAUUACACUGAAUGCCGAUCUCUACAAUCAGGUUUGGUCAUCAUCCGAUAUGAAUCCUGAUCGUUUAACAUCUGAACUCAAUAGACAACAUCUAACUACAUCAUCGGCAUCCUCAUCAGGUCAAGGUAGCCUAACGGGAUCGGUUGGUAUAUUCAGUCUUGGUGCCAGUGGUGGUGGUUCAUCAAGCUCGGCCAAUUCAUUACUUGACAAUCUAAAACAGUCAACGAAAGACAUCUACUCGCUCACCGACAUAAAACGUCUCCUAACACAACAACAGUCAGAAUUUGAAUGGAAAGGUGAAAAAUUUUAUAGCAAACUAACUGCUGAUAAAACAAAUAGUGCUAUUGUACGGGAAAUCAGCGUUCUCAACAAACCAAUUGUCUCUACAGAUGCAAACAAACCUUCAACAUUUCCAACGGGAACUGUACUAAUCUUUACCGGUGUCUCUCUGCCAGCAGUUCCAUGGCUUUUGUGUAAUGGUACAGCUAUUUCUCGAAUUGAAUAUCAACGUCUAUUCUCUGUUAUUGGUACAAGUUAUGGUGCAGGUGAUGGCUCAUCAACUUUCAAUUUACCAGAUUUUCGUGGACGUAUUCCUAUGGGUGUGGAUAAAUCAAGUAAGACCACACCCAAUGCUAUAACGUUGGGACGAAUUGGUGAACAAGCCACGCAAAUUCUCACAGUUGAACAACUUUCGUCGCAUGUCCAUGAGAAUGGUACAUUCUAUGCAGAAACAGCUGGAGAUCAUUCACAUUCCUACCAAGAUCCAGGACAUAAUCACGGUGGCCAGACAGGUGAAGGGCCUUCAAAUUCGGGAGGAUGGGGUAUGAAUCCGAGGGGUGGUUCAGGCAAUGAUGUUGAAAAACACCGUCACUCAAUUUCGCUAGACAAUACACAUAUAACAAUUAAUUCAGCUGGCAGUCAUACGCAUAAAGUCGCAGGUCAAAGUGGCAGUACUGG